CUUUCUGUUGAUGGGAAGUGGGAGGGUAGGAUCUCCAGGCUGCUUGAUUGUUCAGAUAGUCCUGAGCAUCAGAGCUGGAAGGAGUCGUCUCCUGUCUGCAGGCUUCAGACCGAAAAUUCAGGAGGGACCUGCCCUCUUCAGCUCCUCUACACUCACCACCACAACCAGACCAUGAGCACUCACGGGUUCAACCACUCAUUUGACAUCUUCAAUGGCACGCCGUGGUUCGUCUACGAGUGCACCAUCAAGCUCGACGCAGACUACCGGCGCAUCGCCCUCUUCCUGCUCUUCCUUUUCAUCUUCUUCGUGGGCCUGCUGGAGAACGUUCUGGUCGUCUGGGUCAACUGGCGCCGCCGCCACUCGGCCAACGGGGUUUUAUUCUGUAUCAUCAACGUGAGCCUGUCGGACCUGAUGGUGAUCGUGAUCCUGCCCUUCUUCAUGAUGGAGGUGACCAUAGACAAGGUCUGGCUGUGGGGCCGCUUCCUCUGCAAGGUCACCAACCUCAUCUAUAUGGUCAACUUCUACAGCAGCUCCUUCUUCCUGGCCGGCAUGACCCUGGAGCGCUACCUGUCCCUGACCAGGCCAUCGUCCCCGGCCUUGUUCCCCGUGGCGGGCCGCCAGCGCUGGGUGCUCUGCGGGGGCCUGUGGAUGCUCUCCCUGUUUCUGGCUCUGAUAGAGAACGUCCACGUGGAUCUCCUGGAGUGGGACGAGCCCGGCUGCUACAUGCUGCCCGAGCACAACUACACCGAAUGGUUCGUCAGCGUGGCCAUCCUCUGCCUGCUCUUCCAGUUUCUCGGCCCCGCGGCCGUCAUCAUCACCUGCAACGUGCUGAUCGCCCGCGCGGUGCAAACGGCGCCGGACGUGCAGGGCCGGCGGGACGUGUGGCUGGUGCACGUGUACUCCCUGGUGUUUGUCAUGUGCUGGCUGCCCUACCACCUGAUCAUGUUCCUGAUGAUCAUAGACGACAUGGACCCCUUUGUGUUCAACUGCAACACCGUGGAGGUGCUCUACUUCUCUUUCAGCGUGGUGCAGAGCCUGUCCCUGUUCCACUGCGUCGCCAACCCCUUCCUCUACAACUUCCUCAGCAAGAGCUUUCGGAGCAACCUGAUCAACACAGUGGUGAACUACAUACCCAGAGAGGUCACCGCGGACCAGGCGGGAGCAGGGGCCAAGCGCAACACCCCCAACGGAGGCGAGGCAGAGGCGGGGAAGCAGCGCAGGUUCAGCAACGCCAGCACCAGCCAGUCUGACGUCGGAUCAUAAGGAAGGGGGCUCAAAGCAGCUUCAAAGCCACAGGACUGAAUCCAGCUUCGGUGCUUCAGAGCACCAGAGGCACUGACGGGGCUAACCAGACACCUUCCUCUCAUAUCCCACUUCCUGUUUUGUUCCCAUGUAUCUGAUCACAGUUUUAAGCAGAGGAGGACAGGAAAUGUUCCCCACAGGAAUCCCUAUCUAGAAUCUCAUGGCACAGAGGAAGAAUGAUGCUACACCAGAAAUGUGUGUAAACAGACGUGCUGCAGUAUCAGACAGGAGCAAACCUCAUAUCCAUGUAAACAUCUAGGAAAUGUGACACUAUAACCGCCAGAUAAAGCUUAGCUCACAGCACUAUAUACUUAUUUAUCAGUUUCUGGAUGCUGAUAUGUUCUGUUACAAUGUAAUAAAACUCCCUCAAACACU